AUGUCAAAGAUGUUCUGGAGUUCGGCUUCCGCAUCUUGGGCUUCGGUAUGGACCAUCUCGACCAUUGCACUUCAGCCUUCCAGCAUUUGGGCUACGUCACAGUUUUUGCUUUUGGAUGUUGAGUGUUCACCAUUCCUAGGGGCUUCGGCAAUCAUGCCACAUGGUUCGCACUGGGUUAUUUUUAAAAGUAACCCCUUCUUAGCCACCUCGGCUGCCGCAACCCGCCGUCUCUUUCAAGGGCAUUCCGACGGCAUCAUUUCACCCAACAUUUCUCGAGGAGAAAUGCAACCUCUCUUAAUAGCUACAGAAGAAUCCCAUUUUCUUCUCCGAAUAUUGAACGGCAGCUUCCAAACCCUCGACUUGUUAAAAGAUCAGAUUUCGCAUAUUUUUACCGAUUUUUUUCGCUCGAAAUCCAACCUCAACUUAAUAGACCCAAUGAGUGUAAAUGCCGACCAAAAUGAGCUAAGGGCAAAAGAAUGGUCGGCAGAAAAUAAGGAAUUCUCGAAUGGGAAAGGGGAUUCUGGUGGUGCAGUUUUUAAUGCAUUGGAUGCAAUGUUAAAGUCCAGUUUGAAUCGUUUAAAAGACACGAGGGAAAGCAUCUCUUGGGCCCAUAGUGGUCCCAUACCUGAAACAAAUUAUUGUAAAAAUGUAACUGUGAUAAGAGCUUUGUGUUUGCAAGGUAAAGUAGGUGCAGCUUUCCAUCUUUGGAAUAAGAUGAUUCAGAAGUGUGCAAUUCCUGAUAUUCUCACGCACAACUACCUUAUGAACGCACUUUGCAAAAGCGGUGAUCUGGGAAGGGCAGAGUGGCUUGUUGCUGAAAUGUUAGACCGGGGUCCUUUUCCCACUUGUGCUACCUACAACACGUUAAUGAAGGGUUAUUGCAUUAGGAAUAAUGUGGAUAAAGCUUUGGAUCUUUUUUCUACCAUGGCUAGUCUUGGGAUUACACCAAACAUAGUUUCAUGUAAUAUUCUUGUUGAUGGACUUUGCAAGAAGGGUUUGUUGGAGGAUGCCAGAAAGCUUCUUGAGAAAAUAUUGGUUGAUGAUCAUAAUGGAAAAACCUCAAAUAUGAUAACCUCGACUAUCCUAAUGGAUGGUUACUUCAAAACUGGAAAUAUGGUUGAAGCCCUCGCUUGUUUGGAGGAGAUAUUCCAAAUGGGCAUAAGGAUGGAUGUCAUUGCAUAUAAUGUCAUCAUACAUGGAUUUUGUUUGAAUGGACACAUGAACCUUGUGUAUAAGUACAUAAGCGAAAUGUUUAAAUGUGGUUGCCUGCCAGAUGUGUUUACACACAAUAUCCUUAUUGGCAUGCUUUGCAAAGAAGGAAAGACAAAUGAGGCUUGCUACGUCUUUAACGUGAUGUCAAGAAUGGGCGUGACCCCUGAUCACAUCACAUACAAAGUGUUAAUUCACGGUUUAUGUAUUAGUGGAGAUGUAGAUAAAGCUAAUGCUUACCUUCACUGCAUGUUAGUAAAUUCGAUUAUACCUGAGCCACUCAUUUGGAAUGUCAUAAUUGAUGGCUAUGGGAGGCAUGGAGAUAUACAAAAAGCUUUCUUUGUGAGAGACCAAAUGGUUGCAUUUGGUGUUCUGCCCAAUAUAUAUACAUAUAAUAUCAUGAUUCACACAGUAAUAAGAAAUGGAAAUAUUGAUGAUGCUCAUUAUCUGAAGAAGGAGAUGCUCUUAAGUGGUCCUUUGCCCGAUUUAGUCACUUACAAUCUGUUCGUACGUGCUGCUUGUAAUCUUGGUCAUAUUAAUUCUGCACUCCGGCUGUGUAAUGAAAUGCUGAGAAGAGGUUAUGAUCCAGAUAUAGUAACCUAUACUGAACUACUCAAGUGUCAUUUUCUGAGAGGUAAAUUGGAGGAGGCAGAAGAGCUCUUUAUCAAGAUAUGGGAGUCAGGUUUACCAAUUGAUCAUGUUCCAUUUCUAGUACUCAUGAAGAAGUACUUCAAGAUGAGAGAUCUUGACAAAGCAUAUGAUCUUUAUCAAAUGUGGUUAAAGAGGGGAAGUUGAAAAUAGCUCUAUAUCAAGGCACAGUGUUCAGGUUUACCUGUUGAUCAUGUUCCAUCUCUAAUAUUCAUGAAGUACUGCAAGACGAGAGAGAGAGAGAGAGAGCACUUGACCUUUGUCAAGUAUGGUUUAAGUGGGAAAAUGAGAAUGCUGUCCUUGUGCAUUGAUCAUUUCUCAGUUUUCUGAUCCAGAAUGUCUGCAGUUUGUCAAUUUUUCUAGUUUCAGGUGGUAGAAGCUUCCUGCUCAUUACGUUAUUUCUGGGAUCUGCUUUUGCAGUUCUGCAGAUAAUACUUGAUGGUUGGGCAUGCCCCGUAACAGGGCCUGCGGCACCCCAUGAAGAGAACUUGCCUGCUGAUGUAUGCCUAUGAAUGACGAGCCUUGUGGCUGGCGAGCAAGAUACGGAAAGCUGGAAGGAAAAUAUGUAGGACUUCUUAUUCAUUGGUCCCUGUGCGGUUUGGGAGAUCUUAUUUAUGGAAACGAGACAUAUAUCCCUUAUGCUGUACCCAAUGGAAUUUCAUUUAGCAUGCUCUGGGCAAGGCGCGAGUUCACAUUAUUGCUCAGUAACCUCUUGCCGCUCCAGGCUUGGUACCAACUAUUAGGAUUAGAAGCUAGGUGAUCAAGCUUCUAUGUUCUUGGGCUUUAUAUGUUGAAAACAGUGACUUUUCAUUUGUUUUCUUUAAUUAUCUUUGCUGAACCCUGAUGUUCUUUUCAUUGUUUUCCUCGGGAACUAUGCGAUGUCUUCAGAUGACUGUAAAUUCAAGACAUGGGGAUAGUGUGAGAUUUUGUACCUUAAAACUCAAUUGGGAAUAAAUCCCAAGUUUAAGU